AUGCCCUUGCCAGUCAUCACAAGCUCGUCAGUCAUUUCCUUUUAUGCCCCCAAGGUGCCGUACCAGCAUCAGUCCCAGAAGAAACCCAGGCGCCGCUACAACCAGGCGUUAAAGCGCGCAAUGGGAGCAACUGGGAUCCCGAAGAGCAAUCUUGCUCGUUGGGCGCAGCAGUCGGAAAAGCUCCAGAGCUUUGAUGGCAGCGGCAAGUGGUUCAACCUCGACGGUGCCGGCAGGCCAGAAGAGAUCCCUGACACUGCUGCCUUGAAUGCCUUCAUGGUCAAGCUCCGCGAGGCCUAG